AUGGCCGCUCCUCGCUCGACCUCCCUCAGUGCUCUGCGUGCUCUCUCACAGCAUCACACUCCUGCAACGACCCUCUACUGCCGUCGUCGCCUGCACAUCACCGGUGCCUUCUCCGCUCAACCCGUCGAAGGCACCGACAAGGCAGCUGCCUAUGCUGCUCGCACCCUUGCAGACCUCAAGAAUGAAUGCCAUCGACGAGGAUUGAGGACUGGCGGCUCAAAGACUGAGCUCGUCGACCGUCUCUCCAACAAUGACAUCUUAUAUACCCGGGCUUUCAACAUUGCCAAAUCCCGUAUCAACGGCAGUGUUUUCGGAGGACCCGCCGAAACCCGCUCCUUCAACACCUCCCGCUCCAGCAAAUCCGUCAAGGACUCCUCCACCCUCGACUUCGUCUACAUGCCCAACAUCGCCAGCAUUGAAGCUGAGUUGACUCCAGCCCAACGCACCCCCAUCCUCGGAAACAUCAGCUUCGACUUCAACGCUUCUGAAUCCAGCAACUCCGACUACCCACCCAUGAAACCCCAGAUUCAUGCUAUUGGUGAAGACGGCCCGGAUAUCUCAGCCAGUCCCAUGAGCGAAGUUGUCGAUAAUCAUUCCGUGGAUAUCGAUCCGUUCAAACUCACCGAGACAGUCGGAAGAUCGCGUGCCGGUGAGAAUGAGAUGAGAGAGAAACGCCUGCUUGCUGCUCAGGAAGGUGACAAAGGUGUUAUUGGGGAGUUGUUUAGUGGCAUGAUUGAUGAUAUUUGGGGCCGAGGUUCGACUACUGCUACUACUACUAGUAGUAGUGCUAAAUAA